GUAGGUUAGCAGGGUAGAGAGAGAGGCGAGUGAGGAGGACGAUUCAUACGCGCCAAAACACACAUCGAAGGCAACUUUCAUUUUUGUUGCCAAAGCGAAAAGGGACGCUUUUGAGGCUCUGCCUUGUAUUUAACUGACAAAAUAAUGCUCCCAGUCGGAGCUGUAAAUUAUUAUUCGGUGAGUUGUCUCGCGUUAGCGACUUAGUCCAGUCAGUAUUGCUCCGCACCCUGUGGACUUUGGAAACUAAAUAAACUGCCAUCAAAAUGAGAGCUCAAAUUGAGGUCAUACCCUGUAAGAUAUGUGGCGACAAAUCCUCUGGGAUUCAUUAUGGUGUUAUUACGUGUGAAGGAUGCAAGGGAUUUUUCCGACGCAGUCAGCAGAACAAUGCCAUGUACUCAUGCUCGCGGCAGAGGAACUGCCUGAUCGACCGAACCAAUCGGAACCGCUGCCAACACUGUCGCCUGCAGAAGUGCCUGGCACUUGGCAUGAGCCGCGAUGCGGUGAAAUUUGGUCGGAUGUCAAAGAAACAGCGAGACAGCCUGUAUGCGGAGGUGCAGCGACACCAGCAAUCUCAGGAGCGUCUGCCGGGUUUGGGCAGCGGUCUGGCAUCACGAGACAACGAGGACACGUGUGAAGACAGUGUGAACAGCCGGCCGUACAGCAGUGGGGGCUCCAGUGAUAGCCUCAGUGACUUAGAUGACAUCGCAACGCUGCCCGACGGUUUGCUCUUCGACUUGCCGCUCACCCCAGAGGAGGCGAGGGAUUACUGCGUUCUGGAGAUGCUCGGGGGUGAGACUGGCAGUACAGGAAGUGGAAGCUCAUCCAAUCAGAGUUCUCCAGGGUCUAGCUUUAUUGAUUUGUCUGAAGCAGGAAGGGUGAAACAUGAGGAUAUGCUGCAUGAAAACAGUCUGUUUCCACACUCUCUUCUGGGGUCCCUAUCUGACAACUGCUCUCUAUACGACAUAGAGCGGAUCACUCAAAAUGUUGUGAAUUCUCAUCUGGAGACGUGUCAAUACAGCACAGAAGAGCUGAAGAAAGUCAAUUGGAAUGUCUACACGAAUGAUGAAACUCGCAGCUUUCAGCUCAAGUCUGCAGAAUGGAUGUGGCAACAGUGCGCCCUGCACAUCACAAAUGCCAUCCAGUAUGUUGUGGAGUUCGCCAAGCGCAUCUCUGGAUUCAUGGACCUGUGCCAGAAUGACCAGAUAAUCCUGCUCAAAACAGGAUGUCUUGAAGUCCUGCUGAUCAGAAUGUGUCGCGCAUACAACUCUUCUAAUAACACUAUGUUUUUUGAUGGAAAGUUUGCCAGCCCGCAGCUCUUCAAAGCUCUCGGGUGUGAUGACCUGGUGAACGCCAUCUUUGAAUUGGCUAAAAGCUUGAGUCGUCUACAGCUAAGCGAAGAGGAAAUGGCUUUAUUCAGUGCUGCAGUUCUACUGGCACCUGAUCGGCCGUGGUUGACGCACUCUCAGCAGGUGCAGAAGCUUCAGGAGAAGGUUUAUGUUGCCCUGCAGCACAGCCUGCACAUGAACAGAGCAACCACUGAGAAACUGGACAAGAUGGUGUCCAAACUACCGCAGAUGAAGUCCAUCUGUAACCUGCAUAUUGAUAAGCUGGAUUUCUUCCGCCUGGUGCAUCCGGAGACAGCCUACAGCUUCCCGCCUCUAUACAGGGAAGUGUUCGGCAGCGAGAUCAACUUCCCUGACUCCACCAACCGUUAGAGAGGAAGAAGGAGAGAGAGAAUGAUUGAGGGAGAGAGAGAGUAAAGAAGGGGAAAUUAUGAAAGAAUGUAAAAGGUAGCGGAGAGGAGAAAGAGACUAUUGCAUGUAAAAACAGCUUCUGAAACAAGGCAAUCCAGGGGCAGUCCUUCCCAGUUUAGUGCAGUGUUACAUGUACUGUGUUACAUCACAAACAUGUAUACAUACACACAACUCAAUAUGGGACCUGCUUCCAACACUUUCAUAUACACAGAUGCACAAACAUACACUGCCAAAGGGUCCAACACAAAGGGGCCAAUUUACUAAUCAGUUGCAACAUUUUUGCUGUAUUUCUGCACAAAAUGUUUGUUUUUGUUCUGUUACUGGAUUUGCAUUCUUCCUUAAACAGCACAUGCAGAUUUACAAAGCUAUUAGUGGGCACAAUUCGUUUUUAGUAAAUUCCCCCCAAAGACUUUCAGAUUACAUGCUAUUCUGCAACAUUAUUAUUAUUACCAGAAUUAUUCCUGGAUGUGCUUUCAAGCUGUUUUUAUUUUAUGCAAACACUUUUAAAUACAGAUGAUAGCUUGCAAGGGUCCUUUUUUUUUUGUCCCAACAUGUCGAUGUUUAAGCAUGCCACAAUCCUUUCUGUUCACAAAAAGAUUUAUAAAGGAGUUUUUUUUUUUUUGUAUACAAUGAUUUUAAAAGGAUCAAACUCUCUUCCACAAAGUCCAUCUACCUUCAGUAGAGCACAACACCUUUUUAAUGAAGUUUAAAAAAUAUCUUUCUCCAUCUGUCUCCCACCAAAUCACUCUUUAAGCUUUAAUAUCGCUUUAAAAUUCUCCCUCCUCCCCUUGUUUUUUCACCCUCAGACAAAUCAUGAAUGUACCCCUUGAAACAAUAGCACUUAUUUUAAUUUUUGAGACCGAAUGUACACAAUGCACUUUUGGUCCUGUGUAAUGCUUUCUGUAACUUUAUGAUAAUCCACUCAAACAAAAACGUAAAUGUGCCCAGAUCACUACAAAUGAAGGGACCAAUGUUACCAACACUCUACCAAAGCUGGGAUAAAGGAAAAUGAUAUACUAAGUACAAGUUAAGCCCUAUCAAUGGCAUCUUUUUUUGUUUAUUUAUUUGUAAGCAUGCCACUGUUGGAGCUUAACUUGUAAUUAAUGUGGAAUAUUUCUACAAAACCAACAUAGCUUCAUGACAACACAUAGUAAUUCAUACGAGAUGGCAAAAUCAUAAGAUAUCCUACAAUUUAGGAAAAAUCAUAAGUGUCAUUCAUUGGUAUAUUUUUUUUAUGGGAGUAAAAGUAUUUUUGUACAAGCUAACACAUACAAUUUUUUGUGAUUUCGACAUCUCGCAAGAUUAUUACAGCUUGUCAUGUGACCAGGUUGGUAAAACUAUUUAAACAAACUGAAACUCUAAUGUGCAAUAGAAGUAAGUACAAUCUGAUUUCUUUUUGACCAUCAGACUGGAUAUAAGAACCAACAUGCAGUCAUAGCCAAACAUUUGUUAAUGCAUUAUUUUGUUACUAUUAAAAACAGUAAGCCAUAUGCACACAAUCAUCACUUACACAUUUAUUUAAAUACACUAAUACCUCAGAAUCCGCAGAACAACUUUACUACAUUUUAACAGUUGUAUAGGCUUAAGUUCGCUUUAGAAGAAAACUAUGAUAUUAAUGACAUAUUCACCAAUUAAAAAACUUGACAAAUACCUGUAUGUAGUGUAUUGUUUUUAAGUUGCUCAGUUUUGAAGUUGCUCUCAUUUUCACUUUGUAAACAACUUUUGAAUGCAACAAUGCUUAACGUGACAUGUAUUAUUUUACUUUAACUGCCCAAUAGCACAGAAAUUGCAACAGUAUCAUGUUUUAGGAGUUUGCAAAUUUUUGCAUGACUGUAAUGAAUUGGCGAACGGAACUUCCAGCGCAGUUAUUUCACCGACACAUGCUCUUAUUUGCUCAGGCACAUUUUUACACAGUGUUUGGUGCUGCUCCUUGUUUUUGUUUUUAUUUUUUUUUAUCAUUUUAAUGCAAUGAGAAACCUCAGUCCCACAUCCCCUUUCCUUGAAAAUGCCACUUUAAAAAAAAGAAAGAAAUUGAUGUUCAUUUAAUUUAUAUAGACAUUUCUAAAUAAUUAUUUUGAAUAGGAAUGUAUAUAAAAUAGUAUAUUUAGUCAGAAAAGAGGGAACUAGAGAGAAAAACAAGGAAACGUGGAGCUACGGGAAUGUUCAAAGAAUGUUAGAGCAAACCAGGACUUUUAAAAGCCGUCUUGGGAAUUCUUGGGACUGCAUCGGAAAACAGGACAAGAUAGAUCUACUUUGAAUGGACUUCCGCCCACUUUGUUCUGGAUGGACUUUGCAGGCUGCCCUCCUGUAGCGUUCAGGAUGGAAUGAUUACAGGGGAUGGACAGUUAUUCCGAGCCGAGUUGGAUGGGGCAUGGAAUUUGACACAGCUUUUUCACAAAAAGGCAAAGCAGCUAUGUUUUCUGGGACAUGCACAAAGUUGGGACAGCACUGAUAGUCCCAGCCUGAAUAUGAGAGACCCUUUCUCCUAUAGGAUUAGCUGUUUGGUGACUUUCCCAAUUGGUUUUCAUAGACUGAAAGAAAACAUGAUACAUUUGGAAUGUCAAUCAAAUAACAGUCCCGGAAGUAGAGGGAACUGAUACGCCACAUGCAAACCUAUGGCUUCAGGGAGCCAUGUUUGUGGUUACAAUGAGCACGAAAGUGGUUUCUGUUGUAUUAUUUCGUAAAUUGUUGAUCACCUCUCCUUUCGUCCAUUUCUGUUUCCCAGAUUUUGUCCUUCCAUUCUCCUUUUCCCUACUCGUGCACCACAGUACGACAAAAAAGCUACUCCUUUGAGUCAAGAUUCACAAUAUUGUUGAUACAACUUAUGGUGAUUCUCAAAAAAUUAUCAAUCACAUCCCUGCUGAAUAAACUAUCCUAAAACCAGCCUAAAUUGGUUUUCUGGUCUCCUUAGAUACUUCAGGUUGACCAGUCUUGGAGACCUGCUAGACCAUCCUAAACCAGCCAAGAACAACAAAUCAGGAUGGUUAAGAGAAAUGUUCAUGUCAGAAAUGUUCAUGAAAUCAUGUCAUUUUCAGCAGACUAAAAUGACAUGAUUUGUUCUAAGUCAGUUAUUUUAAGAAAAGAGAAAUGUUCAUGUCUGCCCAACCAUGUUAAGGAAGUCUUGCAUCAAAUAGUGUAUCAUGUCAUUGCUUUAGAAGUUCAAGAAGCUCAUAAAUACAGGAAUUAGAUGCAUGCCUUCCUAUUCAGACAUUUUGUUGUCUCAUUCAGUCACCCUGUAAUACAAUUUGUAUGGUUCCAUGUUCAUUUCGUUUUAUGUAGAAGGAAUGUUUCUGAUGUGUGUGUGUGUAUUUCACAGAAAUAAAUUUAAAAUAAAAUAAAAAUAUUCUCAGGGAGAAUAGCUGGUCUCUGUCUAAGCAGCAUCCUCUGCCGUCUACACACACACUCUCUCUUUGCACCGAAUAGGAGACCCGUACUGUUGAUCACUGUGUCCUGUAGCUAUAUAUAUAUAUAUAUAUAUAUAUAUAUAUAUAUAUAUAUAUUGUGUAUGUCAAUCACAAAGCGUCAAAGACCUUUCCUCUUUCUGCUAAUGUAUUAUUACAGGUUCUUUCAGCCUAAUUUAUAUAUGGCAUAGAAUAUGACUAAAAGAGAGAAAAUGAAAUAAAAUAAA